AUGUCAUUUACCAUCUCUAAUACUAGGCUUCUCCAGAACGCAAAUACAAGCUACUCGGCUGCGGCCCUCUCCCUUCUCACCUCCUGCGGUGGCAUCAUCGGUUAUGCGCGUACAGGAUCUAUUCCAUCUAUAGCUGCAGGGCUCACAAUCGGUGCGCUUUACGCCGUGAGUUAUUUCCGCCUACAAGGUCAUCAGCCUUACGGAGAAGAGAUUGGCCUUCUUGCGUCCGCAGUUCUAGGCGGUAGCUCCAUCCCAAGGGUUAUCAAAACCGGCGGAAAACCCCUUCCCGUGGGUUUGAGCAUAUUGGCAACGUAUGGCUUGAUCGCAUUCGGCUUGGCUUACCGAGAUAAGAAGACAUCCGCUUAA